AUGCAGGAGUUAAAUUCUACAUCAUCAAAUAUAACUAAUAUCACAAGAAAUAUGGGAAGCAUUCAACAACAUAUGUGUACUGUUACUACACAAGUAUGCAACUUAGCAGAGCAAGUAUGUAAUAGUACAUUACAAAUGUUCAACAAUACAGAUAAUAAUCUAAAUAAUACAAACCAUGCAUACACAACACAAAUGUGUAACAGUACAACACAUUUAUGUAACAAUGCUCUACAAUUAUGCAAUGGCACAAGUGAUUCCACAGUAUAUCAUCACAAAAAAAGUGUAAAUUCAAUGGAAAGACUAGCUCUAGAUUUUUUCAUCAUUUGGCUUAUUAAAUGUAGAUCUCAGAAUGAAUUAACUUCAAGAGUUGCAAAUGGGCAGUAUGAACUAAGAAUAAAAGGGAGUAGCAAUUAUGUUGAUACCUUAAUAAUAGAAGAUGAAGAAACAAAUAACAGUUGGAAUAAUAGAACAAGAUCAAUUAAGCGAAAUCGCAAAUAA